UUGGGGAGGGCGGGACCUUGGAGGGUGGAGGCAGCUCCUGGGCAGGGAGGUGGGACAGAGGCUUCCUUGGGGAGAGGAAUUUUCCUGCUGCUUGCCAAGCGCUUCCUUAGGAAGGCCUCCUCCUGCUCAGAGGGACCUUGACAGAGGCUGCAGCUCAGAGGAGCACCCACUCUGCCUGUGCUAACCUGGACCACCUCACCCCCACUCCUGCCUCUGCUCCAGCUUCUCCAGGGCCAGCCAUGGACUCAGCAGCCAACAACAAAAUGCAGCCUGCAUUUCCCCCGGGCCCUGCCCAAAAGAUGCGGCUGCCCAGGCUCUUCCUGCCUAGGACCUGAGUGGCCGGAGCAGGAGAGGGCGGAGCAGCUGGCCCGGGGUGCAGCACUCAAGUGGGCCUCAGGUGUCUUCUACCGGCCGGAACAGCUGGCCAGGCUGGGCCAGUACCGCAGCCGCGAGGUGCAGCGGACCUGUUCUCUGGAAGCACGCAUCAAGUCGGUGGUGCAGUCCUACCUGGAGGGUGUGAAGACUGGUGUGUGGCAGCUGGCCCGGGCUCUUGAAGCCGUGCAGGGAGCCCGUGAGGCCUUGGGCCAGGCCCGUGGAUUGCUCCGGGAUAUGGCCGAGGCUGCAAAGACCCUAGAACCCCUUCAGAGGCAGGUUGUCCAGCACAAGCAACUGCAGGCCAUGUCUCAGCUGCUGCCCCGGCUGCGAGCUGUGCCGGCUGCAGUGGCCCACACACAGACCCUGAUUGAUGCCCAGCGGCUCUUGGAGGCAUAUGUGAGCCUUCGGGAGCUGGAGCAGCUGCAAGAGGAGACUCGGGCGCCUCUGGGGGGCCUGGAGCUGCCAGUCUUCGAGGGGCUGGGUCCUCUGGCCGAGGCUCUGGGCCAGGCUGUGGAGGAGGCUGCAGGGGCUGCGGGGCAUCUGGCACGAGAGGACCCAUCCCUGCUGGUGGCUGCUGUCCGUGUGGCAGAGGUUGAUGCUGGACACACAACUUCCCUGGAGCAGCCCCCCCGGAACUGGCGGCAGCGCUGUUUGCAGGCACUACAGGGGGGCCUAGAGCGGAUCCACUUUGGGACACCUCUGCGGCCUGGGCCGGGGGCUCUAGCAGAAUGGCUGGAGGCUCUGCGGGUGGCUCUACCAGCUGAAUUGGCCACAGCUGAGGCCCUAGUAGCACCUUGCUGCCCACCACACUACCAGGUGGUCCAGCUGUGGGCCCACACCCUGCACAGUGGCCUGCGCCGCUGCCUGCAGCAACUUUUGGAAGGGCCUGAGCUGGAAGCUGCUGAUGCCUUCACCUUACUGCACUGGGCACUGCAUGUGUACCUGGGUCCAGAAAUGAUGGGGAGCCUGGAGUUGGGGCCUGAGGCUGAUGUGUCUGAUCUGGAGCCCCUCCUGACCCUGGAGAACAUCGAGCAGCUGGAGGCAACAUUUGUGGCCAAAGUCCAGGCGAGUGUGGCCCAGUGGUUGCAGAAGGCACUGGAUGGGGAGGUAGCUGAGUGGAGCCGAGACCAGGAGCCUGACACAGACCCAUCUGGCUUCUAUCACUCACCGAUGCCGGCAAUUGUGCUGCAGAUCCUGGAAGAGAACAUUCGAGUAACCAGCAUGGUCAGUGAGUCACUGCAGCGGAGGGUGCAUGGCAUGGCUCUGUCAGAACUGAACGCGUUCCUGAGGAGCUUCAGUGAUGCUCUGAUCCGAUUCUCCCGAGACCACCUCAGAGGGGAAGCAAUGGCCCCUCAUUACGUGCUCUACCUACUGGCCACCCUCAACCAUCAAUUAGCACUCAGUUCCUCAGUGUCCGUCCUGCAGCCCGACUGGGUGGCCCCAGGGACCCUGGCUCCAGUGGAGGCAGCGCUGGACGAGUUGCAGAGGAGGAUCUGCCGCCUGGUGUUGGAGGCGCUGCUAGCGGAGCUACAGCCCCUGUUCGAAGCUCUACCUUCGCGCCGGUGGCUGUCGAGCCCGGAGCUACUGGACGAUGUGUGCAAGCGGACGGCGCGCUUCUGCCAGGACUUCCGACACGUGCGGAAACCCGCGGUCCAGCUGCUGCUGGCCGAGGCGGAGCACAUCGUGGUGCUGCAGUACCUACGUGCGCUGAUGCAAGGCCGCCUAGUGUGCCGCAAUGCCGAGGAGCGGACACAGGCGGCCGAGCGCCUACGGCAAGAUGCCGCCCAGCUUCAGGAGCUUUUCCUCAGUUUGGGUCUGGAGGAGAGCGUUCAGUGCGCGCCGGUGCUGCUCGCCCUGAGGGAGUUGCUGAACCUCCGGGACCCCACACUACUUGGCCUCGAGGUGGCAGGCCUGCGGCAACAAUUUCCCGAUGUGAGCGAGGAUCACGUCUCCGCCCUCUUGGACCUGCGCGGGGACGUGUCGCGAGAGCAGCGCCUGGCCGCACUCAGCUCCCUGCAGGUCGGCCCACAGCCAUCGCCCCAAGCUGGACGCCGCGCACUCUUCAGCCUCGUGCCAACACCUGCACCCCCGCUGUCUUCCUGCCUCCCUUCGGGGUCCUGUGCCUGACCUCCAGCUGCCUGCAAAAUAAAGCUACGGCCCCAUUCACGGCCUGGAUGUGUUUGCUGGAGAAAGGGGGAGGAAAUAAAAGUGCCCGCGAAACUCGGGGGACCACGUGCA